AUGGAAAACGAAGACAACGAAAGUGGGUACGAAGCUGGAUCAGAAGUUUCAUUACCUUCUUCAGAUAUCAUCAGCGAUUCCGAUUCGAAGAGAGAUCAUCACUGUUUCUUAAUCUCAAAUCUUUAUUUCGCUAUCGAUAACAGAAGAAGAAGCCUUGUGAGGUUUGUGGAAGUGAUGCCAAUGACAAUUUGCUAG